AUGUCACAUCAUUACGUGGUUACGGCGCAGAAGCCGACAGCGGUCGUUAGUUGCGUGACCGGCAACUUUACAUCGCCAACCGAUUUAAAUUUGAUCAUCGCUCGCAACAGUCAGUUGGAAAUAGAUUUGGUAACACCAGAAGGCUUGCGUCCGUUGAAGGAAGUAAAUAUAAAUGGCCAGAUAUCAGUCAUGCGGCAUUUCCGUCCUCAGGACAGUAAAAAAGAUUUGCUCUUUAUACUUACGUUGCGAUAUAAUGUUAUGAUUUUGGAAUGUCGAAUGAUUGGUGACCAAAUCAGUGUCAUAACAAAAGCGCAUGGCAACGUGGCGGAUCAGGUAAGCAUACCUACCGAAGGUGGUGUAAUAGCCGUAAUUGAUCCAAAAGCACCCGUUAUCGGAAUGUGCUUAUACAUGGGACUGUUCACCAUCAUUCCUUUGGAUAAGGAGACAAGCGAAUUGAAGGCGACUAAUUUACGCAUGGACGAGCUGAAUGUUUAUGAUGUAGAAUUUUUAUAUGGUUGCAUAAAUCCAACUAUCAUCGUUAUACACAAAGAUGUUGAUGGACGUCAUGUUAAGACGCACGAAAUCAAUUUACGUGACAAAGAGUUUAUGAAGAUUGCCUGGAAGCAGGAUAAUGUGGAGACUGAAGCAACAAUGCUGAUACCAGUGCCAACACCAUUGGGUGGUGCCAUUGUAAUUGGUCGGGAAUCUAUUGUUUACCACGAUGGAAAUAGCUACCAUGCUGUAGCACCUUCUACAUUUAAACAAAGUACUAUUAACUGCUACGCACGAGUAGAUAGCAAGGGCCAACGCUAUUUGCUGGGCAAUAUGUAUGGCCAGCUGUUUAUGUUAUUCUUGGAGACUGUAGACAAUGGUAAAGGCGGAGUUUCCGUUAAAGAAAUAAAAGUGGAGUUGCUAGGUGAAAUAUCCAUACCGGAGUGUAUAACAUAUUUGGACAACGGAUUUCUUUUCAUUGGCUCGAAGCACGGAGACUCUCAGUUAGUGCGCUUGAGCACAACUGCGAACGAAAAUGGCUCUUACGUUAUUCCGAUGGAGAAUUUCACCAGCCUAGCGCCUAUUCUUGAUUUAGGUGUGGUAGAUUUAGAUCGGCAGGGCCAAGGACAAAUUAUAACAUGCUCUGGUAGUUUUAAAGAUGGAUCACUUCGAAUUAUUAGAAUCGGCAUUGGCAUUCAGGAGCACGCCUGUAUUGAUUUACCAGGUAUAAAGGGUAUGUGGUCACUUAAAGUAGGUAUAGACGAUAGUAUUUUUGAAAACACAUUGGUGCUGGCCUUUGUGGGUCACACACGAAUUUUGACGCUGACUGGUGAGGAAGUUGAAGAAACAGAAAUACCAGGCUUUAUUAGUGAUCAGCAAACUUUUCAUUGUGCCAAUGUUGACUACGAUCAGAUUAUACAAGUAACACCACUCACGGUACGUCUAGUAAAAAGUAGUACUAAAAGUUUGGUAGGUGAAUGGCAGCCGCCAGAUGAUAAACGUAUUGGUGUUGUGUCAUGCAACGCAUCACAGAUUGUUGUUGCCUCGGCAUGCAAUGUCUAUUACAUUGAAAUCGAAAAUUGCUGCUUAGCUGAAAAGUCUCACAGGGCAUUGGAAUAUGAGGUCGCUUGUUUGGACAUUACGCCACUAGAGGAGGGCAACAGCAAAGCUAAUCUCGUCGCAGUUGGCUUAUGGACAGAUAUAUCUGCUGUGGUUCUAUCACUGCCGAAACUGGGAACUAUGUACACCGAAAAGUUGGGAGGCGAAAUUAUACCACGCUCUAUUUUGAUGACCACCUUCGAAAGCAUACAUUAUUUGCUAUGUGCAUUGGGUGAUGGUUCCAUGUUCUAUUUUAUUUUAAGCAAAGCGGACGGCCGCUUAAGCGAGAAAAAGAAAGUUACAUUGGGAACACAACCCACCACAUUGCGUACUUUUAAAUCAUUUGCGACUACCAAUGUGUUUGCCUGCUCCGAUCGUCCAACUGUUAUUUAUUCCUCAAACCACAAAUUGGUGUUUUCAAAUGUGAAUUUGAAAGAAGUAAAUCAUAUGUGCUCCUUGAAUGCACAAUCGUACCCGGACAGUUUGGCUUUGGCCACCAAAAACUCGGUGAUUUUGGGCACUAUCGAUGAGAUUCAAAAGUUGCAUAUUCGUACUGUACCACUUGGUGAGGGUCCACGUCGCAUUGCUUAUCAGGAGAGUUCGCAGACUUUUGGCGUGGCAACAUUGCGAGUCGAUGUGCAAGGACGAGGUGGGCCAAAGCCAACAAGGCCAAGUGCUUCAACGCAGGCACAGAAUAUCACCUACGCUUCAAACAUAGUACCCAAACCGGGUGGUGGUAAUACGGCAACUACAAAUGCCGAAGUUGGCCAAGAAUUGGAUAUAAACAAUUUAUUGAUAAUUGAUCAGAAUACGUUCGAAGUGCUGCAUGCGCAUCAAUUUAUGCCUUCAGAGAGCAUAAUUUCCUUAAUGUCCGCUAGGUUAGGUGAUGACCCGAAUACGUAUUAUGUGGUAUCUACUGCGCUCAUUUAUGCAGAUGAGCCUGAACCUAAAGUGGGUCGCAUUAUUAUUUUCCACUACAACGAAGGAAAAUUGACACAGGUGGCCGAAACAAAAAUUGAUGGCUCAUGUCACUCACUGGUUGAGUUCAAUGGCAAAGUGUUGGCGGGUAUAAACAGUUUUGUACGCCUUUAUGAAUGGACCAAUGAAAAAGAAUUGCGUAUGGAAUGUAAUAUUCAGAACAAUAUUUCCGUUUUGUAUUUAAAAGCCAAAGGUGACUUCAUUUUGGUUGGCGAUCUGAUGCGCUCAAUGACUUUGCUGCAGCAUAAGCAAAUGGAGGGUAUUUUCGUGGAGAUAUCACGUGACUGCGAUCCGAAGUGGAUGCGCGCUGUAGAAAUCUUGGAUGAUGACACAUUUUUGGGCUCGGAAACUUAUGGCAAUCUUUUUGUUUGCCAAAAAGAUAGUGCCGCCACCACGGACGAGGAGCGUCAGUUAUUACCUGAAGUUGCACGUUUCCAUUUAGGCGAUGUUGUUAAUGUAUUCCGCCAUGGUUCGUUAGUGAUGCAAAAUGUAGGUGAACGCACUACGCCCAAUCAGGGCUGUGUGCUGUAUGGUACAGUGAAUGGCGCUAUAGGCAUUGUUACACAAAUACCGCAAGAAUUCUACGAUUUCCUACAUAGCCUUGAAGAACGUCUAACGAAUACCAUUAAAUCUGUGGGGAAAAUAGAUCACUCCUAUUAUAGAAGCUAUCAAACAACACAGAAGACGGAGCCGUGUGAAAACUUUAUCGAUGGCGAUUUAAUUGAAAGUUUUCUCGAUUUAAGCAGAGAUAAAAUGAAAGAAACAGUUAUGGGUUUGGAGAUUACAUUAAACGGCGAAAAGAAGGAAGCAGACGUUGACGAUGUUAUUAAAAUUGUCGAAGACCUUACGAGAAUGCACUGAAUUACGCAUUUUAAUGUUAGUUUGAUUUUUCUGCUAUUGCAAUGUCCCUAUGUCUAUAUCGAUACCAAAAGGUUUUCGAUGAAUUAAUUAAUUGAAUGAUUUGUUUAACAAACAUGAAAGAGAAAAAUAUUAAUUGUAUCCGAUCGUUAAUAUUAAAACUCUAAAGUAUGCAUUGGU